AUUUAUCAUUUUGGUAUCAGAGCUGUGGUUGUAGAAGGCUUUGUUUGUGCUGAUCAUUAUGGCAGGAAAAGGUGGUGGCACAAAAUUUGAGAUUCCACGUUUUGAUGGAUCAAAUUUUGCACUAUGGAAAUUGAAGAUGCAUGCAGUGCUCGUGAAGGAUGGUUGUGCAGUUGCUCUCUUGCCAAGAGAAGAGAAACCUGAAGGAAUGACGGAUAAGCAAUUCUUUGAGAAGGACGAGAUGGCCUUGGCCAAUUUGCAGCUGGCGCUGGAUGACAAUGUUCUGUUCAAUCUUUACAACUUGAAGAUGAAAGAUGGAGGGUCAGUACAAGAGCACCUCAAUAAAUUCAAUUCCCUUACUAGUAAGCUUCUGUCUCUUGAUGUUAAAAUUGAUGAUGAAGAGAAAGGAAGUAUCUUACUAUGUUCUAUGCCUGACUCUUGGGAUAACCUGAUUAUGAGUUUAAGCCAUGUGAAGGUUCUUGAUAUGGACUCUGUUGUAGCAUCACUAUUAACUGAGGAGAUGAGGCGAAAAUCUAGCCAAUCUAGUCCUGGAGAUGCUACGUAUGCAUGUGGUAGACCUGUUGAAAGAAGUUCCGCAAAUCGAUCUAGAUCCAAGUCUAAAGGGAAGAAGAAAAUGAGAUGCUGGAACUGUGGAAAGUCAGGGCAUGCGAGGAAGGAUUGUAGAGCAAAGAGAGGUGAGGAUUCCAGUACUGACAAUUUCCAAGGAAAUCUUGUACAGAGUCUUGAUUUUGCAGAAGACGGGGAUGCCUUGACUGCUUCAAAACGUGUGGAACUAUACAAUCAGUGGAUUCUUGAUUCAG